CCGAGCUAGGGAGGAGAGGAGCGGAGGGACGGCGUGAGAGGCGGGCGCGCGGCGGCGGUUAAAAGGUGCACUUUCUGGAUUCCCAGCCCCUCCACCAUGCUAGCGAUUUGGGGCCACCACGUCCCAGGCUGGGCCUCAUUUUCCUCUUCUGUGCAAGGGACUCAUCAUCCCUGCCAGCGAUGUCGGGGCUACUGGGCCCCAACCUCCUCAAUGUACUGACAGGGAAACUGAGGACCAGCUCGAUCAAGACUCUGAGGCCGCAGCUCUCAGUCCCAAACUGGGCUCUUUCCGGUUCUGCCUCCGAGCAGAGGCCACAACCGGAAGCCCUCGGGCUCCAGGAACUGCUCAGGGACCUGGGCCGGGGUCACAGGAGUGACAGCCAGCCAGCUGCGCUCGGAAAGGUGCACUCACUAGCGGGGCGGAGGGCUGCGCUGUCACUGAACACCUUACCCGGUGGAGGCAGCUCGGAGCCUGCGGGGUGCGCUACCCAGCGGAAGUGCGGCGCCGUACGCAGGGAGGCGUGGCAGCCCUAACCAAUAGGACAUCAGGUUGGGCGGGCGUUGACCAAUCACGUAGGCCGGCCAGGCAGCAAGCCACCCUGAGGCCCUACGUUGUGGGCGGGUGUAAAGAAGUACGACCAAUAGAGAAGCACUCUAGCUGCGCUUCCGGGUUGUGCUGCGAGGCGAGUGGACAAAUAGGGUUUUUUUUUUAAAAAAACGAGUUCUGUCACGUGUCAUCAGUGAUUCUGCCAAUGGCUUUGCUGGAGGACCCAGAAACGGAGAAGGCGGUGUCCCAAGUUCACGCGCGCACCGCGUGUGAGGAGGGGGAAGGCGGAGCUACCCGGGAGCACCCUGGGAGCGUGAGUGGGCGGGCUCGCGCCCCGCAGCAGGAGGCGGAGCUAGCUCAGCCGGGCCAAUGAGAGCACGAAGCGCUGGGCGGUAGGUAAGCGCGCGAGGCGGACGAAUGGUGGACGCGGUUCUGUUCGAGUUUCUACACACGGAGAUGGUGGCGGAGCUCUGGGCGCACGACUCCGACCUCGACCCCGGCCCCGGGGGACAGAAGACGAGCCUGCUGGUCCUGGAGGGGAUGGGCUUCCGCGUGGGCCAAGCCCUGGGUGAGAGGCUGCCCCGGGAGAUGCUGGCCUUCAGGGAGGAGCUGGACGUCCUCAAGUUCCUGUGCAAAGACCUGUGGGGGGCCGUGUUCCAAAAGCAGAUGGACAGCCUCCGCACCAAUCACCAGGGCACCUACGUCCUACAGGACAGCAGCUUCCCCCUGCUCGUCCGGAUGGGCUCAGGCCUGCAGUAUCUGGAGGAAGCACCCAAGUUCCUGGCCUUCACCUGCGGCCUCCUGCGCGGCACCCUCAGCACCCUGGGCAUCAAGAGCCUGGUCACCGCCUCCGUGGCAGCCCUGCCAGCCUGUAAGUUCCAGGUGGUGAUCCAGAGAUCCUGAGCCCCGGCCCGUCCCCACUGAGUCCCACAGCCGCCCCGUCCCCACUGAGUCCCACAGCCGCCCCGGCCCCACUGAGUCCCACAGCCGCCCCGGCCCCACUGAGUCCCACAGCCGCCCCGGCCCCACUGAGUCCCACAGCCGCCCCGGCCCCGGGACCCCGGGCCGCUGCUGGGGAAUCUCGGACUCGGGGGGGUGAUGAGCACGGCAGGGGAUCCAGCCAUUUCAGGGCAUCACACGUGCUCAAGAAGUGGAUGUCCUAGGAGGUGGGGGCAUCCCGGGGCAGGGUGGUCCCAGCCGCCAUGGGGCCUGGUGUGGCGAGAUCCCAUUGGACACAUCACUCACUCUGCAGAUGCUCAAUAAAGGUUCCAGGUGUGGAGACAAGUUCAAGUGGA